AUGGACCCCAGUAGAGGAAAAAGUUGGAAAAAACAGUUGCAGCAGCAGCUACCUGCUACAGUGCCGUCACCCUCUGCCAACAAGAAAGCUAUUCGGAUUUUGCCUUUAGGUAUCAAAGUAAGGGGCAACAUGGGAGACAACAGAAAGAGUAAGGCUCAUAAAAUUAGUUCGAAAGUGCAGAUACAGAUGGCGGCAAAAGACGAGGUAACAUUUGAGACAGUCACUUUCAAGGGCUUGAAUGGGGCUGAUUGGUCUCAAGGAAAGAAAAUUGACAAGAAUCAGAAACCUAGUGCCAACUUCAAAGAGAUGCUCUUGAAGUUAAUGUGUCGCAGCGAUCUCACGCAAAGGGAACACGAUAACUUGAAGCAUGCAAGCAAGGGCAGAGGGAUGAAGAAGACUUCUCUACGCGAAGGGGAGUGGAAAUGCUUGUUGGAUGUAUUGAAGAGUCGUCUCAUAGGGGCAAGUAGGGCAUCCGACAUCGCCAUUGCCCAGCCAUUAGAAAGUCUGAUUCAGAGAACAGGUUCCAUCACUGUAUGUAUACAUACUGUUUUAGAACUCAUAAAAAUAUCUUAUUGUUAUGGCUGGAACUGUCAGCAGCAAGAGUCACCUUGCUCUAUUGCACUUGAUUUGUGCCUUGAACCUUUUGAUAAUUCAGAAACUUGUUGUGAGAAUAUAUUUAUGUGGAAUGAAGGUAUCCUUCUACCUAAGUCAAUGUCAAAAAUUGACCGCCUAGCCAAAGGUACUGUUGACUAUAGAAUCAACAACAUGCAAAAGUUGGAUAAUCAAGUACAAGGACCUCUUGCUUUCAGGGAAUGUUUCAAGGUUGGGAGAGGAUCAGUUUACAGUCUAGAAGCCAAUACAAAGAUGGAAAUUGUUUUUGAAGUGGUGCUUGUUUUGGAAAUUGCUAAAGAUACAAACAAAUCUUGCUCAACGGAAUCAACCAUAAAGGCAAAGGCCUUAUAUUUUGAAGAAUACUUUCCAAAUUCUGUUACAGUUUCAAUGGUACAAGCUUUAAAGAGUGUUGAUUGGAAAAAUUAUGGGCUACAUAUGAAAGGUAUUGAAGUAGACAAUUUUGGUGAUGCUUCCAUUGAAUGGGAAGGACUGCAGACAAUUGUAAAUUUGGAUAUUGUUCUUCACAGAUAUAAAAGAGAAUAUCCACCUGAAAACAUGAUUGAUUCGGUACAAGUUUUUAGGCAUUUGUUUUUUUACAAAUGCUUAAAAAGGAGAAAGAAGGCAUUUUCUGAAUUGGUAAUUGUCAAGAAUGCUUUGGGAAAGGCAUUGAAUGAAUUGAAAGAAAACAAUCCAGAACUUUUCCUCAGCCAGCGUGCAUGCAAGAUGAAAACUUAUGCCCCAGAUUUGUCUAGAUCUAUUUCUGGUUUGAUCAUGUCAUCAAAUGACAUGAAUUUCAAAGAAGAAUGUGCCCAUAUUGUUGGAGUAUCUCUAGAAGAUUUGUGUCAAGAAAAAUUGUUGUCUUGCAUCAACAAAAAGAUUCUCGAUGUUAUCAAUAUUACUGACAGAAAUCCAACCAAAAGAACUGCAAAUACAGAUGUCCAACCUACAUGUGAGGAACCAUCCAAAGAAGAGUGUGAAGAUGAAGUUGACAAUGAAAAUAACCUGGAUGAAUAUACAAGCAUAUGGGACUUCUUGUAGAUGAUGCUACAUUAAAUCAUCUGAAACGUUAACCUCUUUCAUGCCAUACAGGAAGUUAUUUUGAAAAUCAGAACAAGAAGAGAGACUUGUGCUGGGGAGUAUGCUAUAAGGGAUACACAUUAUAUCAAGCAUAUAAUUCUUUCUUACAGAAACAAUUUUUUUUGUUGUUGUUAGAUAUGACAUCUUAAUUUCCACUAAGGGAUUUUGAUGUUUUUUAAUCUGCCUUUUUUUAAUGUUUCUUAGUUUUUGAAAUAUUGACCAUGCCACGAUCAAAAAAAUCUCAUUUACAUAUUUGUACAAUUUGUUGCCACCAUAAAAUAUGGUGCCUGUGAAAACCUUUCUUGGUAUAUUUUAGCCUUUGGAACAAGAUCCAAGAUUAAUUCAACUUGAAGCAUGAUUUUUUCAAAAGUUUCUUUCUAAUAAGAGAAGUAAUAUUUGGCAUGUUUUUAUUUUUUA